AUGGAGCACAAGACUCAAACCCCCGGCGCCGACUACCAGAUGGGCUAUGUGAGCCCUCAGACCACCGGACAGGUCCCCGGACAGCCGAUCCAGUAUCAGCAGGCUGGUGCCCCUCCUGUCUACCAGCAGCAGCCCCAUCCCGCUGGCUCGCCCCAACCUCAGCCUUCAUACGGCCCUCCCCAGACCCAGGCCACUGGCUUCGGCGCUCAGUAUGGCAUCGCCCCCGAUGCCUAUGGCCGUGUCAUGACCGCCGUCGGCUAUGAGGCCGGUGGUUUCACCCAUAUGAUGGCUCUGCUUGCUUGCUGUGUUGUCUGCCUUGGAUGUAUCCCUUACAUGAUUGCCUCCCUCAAGGAUGUGCACCACAAGUGCCCUAGCUGCCAAACCCCUCUUGCGACGUACCAUCGUAGCGGUCGCACCGAGGUCCACUUCCAGGCCGCCCAGGCCCAGCACCAUGCCCAGACCGCCGCCCAGGCUCAGCAGGCCGCCGCCCAGCCCUCCGCUCAGCAGCAGGCGUAUCCCCAACAGGCCCAGAUGCACCCCCAGCACGCUCAGCAUCCUCAGCACCCUCCCACCCAGUAA